AGUCAUUCAGCAGCGCGCGCGUGCAGUCGGUAGAGUUUUGCGGUGCGGACAGCGGGAACGGCGCGGCUUUUUAUUUUAGUUUCUUUUAUUAUUUUUUUCGUUUCCCACCACGAUCUAUAGCUCUGGAAUAUUAUUCCAAGCCUGAACGCGUGUAAAGGGAUCAAAGAGCGUUUGCAGAAAUGGAGAACUCGGCUCUCAAUGGCCGGUUUAGGACUCCGGUCUUUAACCACGGACCAGGAUAAAGAGUAUGUGGGCUUUGCAACCUUGCCAAAUCAAGUGCACCGCAAAUCUGUGAAAAAGGGCUUCGACUUCACUCUAAUGGUAGCAGGGGAGUCUGGAUUGGGCAAGUCCACCCUGGUCAACAGCCUCUUCCUCACAGAUCUCUACAAAGACAGAAAACUUCUCAAUGCUGAAGAACGAAUCACCCAGACAGUGGAAAUCACGAAGCACACAGUGGACAUCGAGGAGAAGGGCGUCAAACUCAAGCUCACCAUCGUGGAUACACCAGGCUUUGGGGAUGCAGUUAAUAACACUGAGUGCUGGAAGUCAGUAGCCGACUACAUCGACCAACAGUUUGAGCAGUACUUCCGAGACGAGAGUGGCCUGAACCGCAAAAACAUUCAGGACAACCGUGUGCACUGCUGUCUUUACUUCAUUUCACCCUUUGGCCAUGGUCUCAGGCCUUUGGAUGUGGAGUUUAUGAAAGCCCUACAUGAAAAGGUCAACAUUGUGCCAGUCUUGGCCAAGGCAGACACGCUCACCCCCAGUGAGGUCAAGAAAAAGAAAAUUAAGAUUCGAGAGGAGAUCGAGCAAUACGGGAUCAAAAUCUACCAGUUUCCUGAUUGUGAUUCAGAUGAGGAUGAGGACUUCAAACAGCAAGACCACGAACUGAAGGAGAGCAUUCCAUUUGCAGUGAUCGGCAGUAACACUGUCGUUGAGGCAAAAGGAAAGAGAGUGCGGGGUCGACUUUACCCCUGGGGCAUUGUAGAGGUGGAAAACUCUGCACACUGUGAUUUCAUAAAGCUGAGGAACAUGCUGGUACGCACACACAUGCAGGACCUGAAGGACGUGACACGGGAAACUCACUAUGAGAACUACAGAGCUCAGUGCAUCCAAAGCAUGACGCGCAUGGUGGUCAAAGAGCGCAAUCGCAACAAACUCACUAGAGAGAGUGGCACAGACUUCCCCAUUCCCACGGAGCCCAACGUAACGGACACAGAGACGGAAAAACUGAUCCGCGAGAAAGAUGAAGAGCUGCGGCGAAUGCAGGAGAUGCUGCAGAAGAUCCAAGAGCAGAUGCACACCCAGAAGGAAGCCUAUUAACCCCUGCAUGUGCCAUCCAACUUUGCCACGGUGCCACUUUACUGCCUGACCUUCAUGCCUGGGACAUUGCCAUCUGAUCAGACCCCUUUCUGCUUACUGAAGCUCCAAACAUAGUGCACAAAGCAUGCUCCAUGUUCAGGUCCACUUUGUCUCUGUAUGUAUGAGUGGUUUUGGAGUUCCACUAAGUGUCAUUAAGUGCUCAAAAAAAAACCAAAAACAACAACCACCUUGUCUGGAGUCCACUAGCUGAUAUAGACGCAAAGAAUUUGUCACAAAAACAAAUGUGCUGUAGUUUGUGAAACAGUCUGGCCUGCUUAUAGAGAUCAAAAGAACACAUUCCUCGCUUUAGAAGAUUGCAGAAAAAAAAAUACUCUUUUUUGUGCAGUGCACUACAAUGACAAAGUCCAAAUGUAGUUGCUCUUACAGACACAGCAGUAACUGAAGUAAAGAACCAGAUUAAACAAAUGAGCAUGUUAUUGUCUGGAGAUUUGAUAUAGUUUAUACAACAUUUUAGUUCUGUUAAAGUGCAAGCAAGGGUGGGUUUUUUUCUUAAUUUUUAAUUUUCUUUUUAAUUGUACAAUUUUUGGACAUCUUUUGAUGUCACUUUUCUAUUUCACUCUCAUAAAAAAAUAAAUGUACCAAACUAUGCUUUUCCUCUUUUCCUUGUUGCUCGGGUAGUACCUUCAAGUGGACAGCUUUUGCUCCUUUAGUAUGUCUGUUUUAUGUUGGAAGCCACGUGUUGUACACUUUUAAUCAGUGUAAAGGUAUGGAACUGAACCUUAUGGGACCAAUAAUGUACUUUUAAGUUAUUAUAAAAGUGUACAUUAUUAGGUCAAUGAUACAUACGACAGGUACAAACGAUGUACCCUUGAUGGUACGAACCCAGCAAAAGGAAAAGGACAGUUUGGUACCUUUAUUUCCAAAAGAUAGACAAGAAAUAAAUUUGCUUGCAGUCUAAGUACACCAAAAAUAUUUUACAUCCAAAUUUGUAAAAGUUUAUGAAAAGUUCCAGAGAACUACAAACUCCGGUAUUGUGUCUUUUUUUUUUUUAUUAGUUCAGUUAAUGUGUUUUCUCUAUAACAGCAAAUACAUUUGGAUGUUGUUUUAAGAAAAAAAAAUCAGAGGAGAUAUAUAUACUUUUUUUUUUUUCCUGAGUGGGUAUAUUGGUGGGAGUGAAAGCUAGAAAGUGGCACCCUUUAAGUAGCUUUGUUUAUACACCAUUAUGCAUAUAUAAUUCUCUGGUUUAACUCUUUAUCAUAGGAUAAAACCAACAAAUUAUUUAAAUGGUUUCUUUUUCUACAUCAUGGUAUUUUAUUUGUACUGUUUUGUUAAAUGAAUGCAUUUGUCGUACUGUAUGUACAUGCUUUUGUUUGUAUGGCUAAAAAAAGAAACAGAAGGUUUCUUUUAAAUAGGUCAACACUGUUUUAUUUUCUUAUAAUAAUAAUAAUAAUAAUGACGAUGAUAAUUGAAGUACUGUAAGAACAAUAUUUUUCUUAACAAGGCUGACAUAUUAUUGAUUUCUUUUUUGUAAAAAUGUUCCAAAAAAUUGCUUCAUUCCAUAAGUGUGGACUUUUAACUAACAAGUCAAGAGAAGACACUUAGUAAUGUGCGCAGAGAAGAAACUAUCAGUAUAUAACAUUGUCUUUAUCUUAAUGGUGUAAUAAUAGAUGAAAUGAAGUUGCAAUAUUUUAAUUUUUUGCUGCAAAACAUAAUAUUUAUGAUCAUCAUGAUCAUGUGAAUGCUAACAUGACAUUACUGAAGAACAAUAAAUAAAUCAGGACAUUUUUGAGUAAAAUUACAUCCACACAAUGAUGUUUUCCAAGUUCGUAAAACAGCAUCAAGCUAAUGUGAAUCAUCUAAGGAUAAAUAUAGGGGCUGUCCCCCCCCCCC